AAGAGUACUACUACAAUAGUCACAGCAAUAUACACGAUGUUAUUUAGUUCAGCAGCAGCAGCUACAGGCUACAGCUGGAGUUAUCACAUCCGACGUCCAAUGAUAAGAACUAAAAAUUAAAAAAUGUAUAGUCUAAUCUACGUUUUUAUCGUGUAUUCUUCUUUUUCUAUAACAUAAACUGUGACCUAUAAAUAUUGUUUGUUUUGUUAAAAUUUAUCGUCUUGUUUACUUAAAAAAACAUUAACGUAAUAUAAAGGUUUUUUUCUAUUGUCAAUAUCGUUGUAGUUGGUGAAUCUACAUUCACACCCGAUAAUAUAUGACGACGAUUUUUUUUUUUUUGUAAAUUAUUUUAAAGGUUUACCUUAAUAAUAAUUACCUAUUUAAUUAUUAAUAUACCUUAUUCGAAACAUUUAUAACUUAACAUAACACUGUGUUACGAACGAUACGUAGGACUGAAUAAAUUAAUCCCCGAAAUUGUUGAAUGUCGACAUAAUAUUAGUUAUUGACAUCUGUUGCGAUCCUGGAUGGCUGGAUAAGUAUAUUGAUUUAAAUGGCAGAAUACGCAGAGUACCGGCAAAAUAACAUGGAUAAUAUUUUAAAUUUUAACUAUGGUGUUGAUUUAUUCCCAAGUGCCGGUCAAAACCCAGUCAUCAAGAAAAAUACUCCAGAAGUAGCAUUGAUUAAAUUAAAAAGGUUGCUCAGGAAUAAUGGAUUUGCUUUUCUAGCCGAAAAUAAUAAAGAAGCAUUUAUAUUAAUGUUCUUAUAUGCACGGAAAAUGAAUGAGAAUAAUGCAUUUGAUUUGAUUCGAAAUUAUUAUCAAUUUAGAAAGGAACAUGAUCUAUGGUUUCGUCGAUUAGAACCUUUUGAUCCAAAAAUUCAAAUGGCUAUUCAAGAUGGUUUCCCUUCUGUACUGUCAAAUUUAGAUAGACGAAGUCGUCGUGUUCUUUUUAUGGUUUGCUCCCAAUGGAACACUGAACGUUAUUGUUUACUAACUAUAUAUAGAGCACUAUUAGUAUCUCUAGAACAUUUGAUCCAAGAUGUGAAUACUCAAUACAACGGUUUUGUAUUUAUUGUUGAUUGGACUAACUUUACUGCUCGUCAAACAAUGAACAUUAGUCCAAGGUUGUUACAUGUUAUGCUACAAGGGUUACAAGACUGUUUUCCUGCAAAAAUAAAAGCUGUUCAUUUUAUCAACCAACCGUGGUAUAUUGAUGGCCUAAUGUCUGUUGUUAAACCAUUUUUAAAAGAAAAAACAAAAAAUAAAAUCAUUUUACAUGGUUUGAAUUUAAAUACUCUACAUAAAUACUUUCCAAGAGAUAUUUUGCCUUCAGAACUUGGUGGUGAACAACCUCCAUAUGAUUCAAGGAUUUGGUUAAAAAGUCUUUUAGGGUCUUCUUUGGGAGUUGAUUUGUAAUUUUAUUUAUAACACUGAAACGUAACGUACAUUUAUUUUCUUAGCGUGGGCAGGACUAAAUAUCUAUAACUAUAUACAAAUAUAUUAUUAUAUGUUUAUAUGAUUUUAUACAGAUCAUUGUUGUUCUGUAACUAUCAAUUUAUUUAAGUUUCUUUUUGUUAUGUUGCACGUACAAUUUUAAAUUUUGUACUCAGUACUUUAUUAAUGUUAAGCAUAGGUGGAGGUUUUAUUGAUUUCCAAGUAUGGAAACAUUUAUAAGGUAUUGUUACUGAGUGAUAAACUGAUUUUAAUACAUCACAAUGUUAAUUAUUGAGUAUAAUUUUAUACAGACAUUUUUAUUUUUCUUAUAAUAAAAUUAGGCUAAAACUGUGAUACAUAGUAUGUCUAUUCCAAGAAUAUUUGGGUACCCAAUUAUAAGUUAAUAAUAUUGUUAAUUUACUUAAAUAAGUCAGUAUUAUAAUAUUAAAUAAAUAAACCAACAGGUGCUUUAAAUUAGUUACUAUUAAUAUUCAAUAGAUAUUGUAUUUUUAAUAUAUAUUAUAAUUUUUAUAAUUUAUAUUUAAAAUAUAAACAGAUCUUCUAUCGAUUAUAAUUUUUAUUUAAUAAGAAAACUAUCCAACAAUGUUACCUUUUUUAAGGACUUAGAUUCCUACUUCCUAGUCUGUUAUGUUUUUUUAUUCUUCUGAUAACAUUCAAAUCAUAUUUAAAUUGAUUUUAAUUUAUUAUUUUCUUUAUGUUACUUUUUUUGGUAAUUAUAACUAGAGCUGAGAUGUUUUUGGCUGCUUAUAUUAGUGCAAUAGAAUUAUAUCAAAGAAGGCAAAUUUUUCAAAUAAUUAAAAUACAUGUUUACUUAAAUCAAUCUAUUUAGUGUUGUAUUUUAUUAACUUUGAUACAAAUUCUGAAUAAUUAAAAACUAUUUAUUUUCAAUUUUUUUUAUUGUAAGGAUUUAAGAUGCAUUAUUUAAAAAAUAUAAAAUACAUUUUGUGAUUAAUAAUUAUUAUUAAUCUUUUUUUGCAUAUAAGUAUUGAAAAAAUAUUUAAUAUAUUUUAAAGUAUGUAAUUACAUGUUUAUUAUAUUUAUUACACGCAAAUUGUGUCAUUAACAUCUGAGUUCUAAUUAUGUUUUUUUCGAGUUGAUAUUAUUUUAUUUUAUAUAAUUUAUGACAUUUAUAAGUAAACAUAUUUUAUAAACAUAUAUUUUAUUAUAUUAUAUUUUUUUUUUUUUUUUUUUUUUUUUAUAUAUUUGUAUGUAAUUAUAUCCGGGGGACGGGGUGGCCGAGCGGUCUAAUUCGUCGGCUGCGGAGCAGCUGGAUCCGGUUCGAUCCUCGGCCACUGGGCGGCAUUUUUCUCCGGGUAAGUCACGGUGUCCGGAGAACAAGUGCUGCCAUCCCCCCCACCCCGGGGCAUGGCAGAAACCUACGGGUGCCCCAUUAAAAA